UACGUGUUUGUUUUAGAGAAAAUGGCACUAACGUGUAUCUACGUACUCAUUUGCAUGCAAUUCCGAAGUUUAUAGUCACGGGUUGCUCCAAACAGUUUAUCUAUAAAUUUCUUAAGCUCCUUAUUCAUCCUCACAAAACCUCAUAGAUUCAUCAACACCAUCAAAGAAAAAACCCCAACCAUGGGGGAAACAAAAUUUAUAGCAAUGUUUUUUAUCUACAUGAUUUGCAUGGUGAUCUCAUUGCCACCUAUAUAUGCUUGUGGUUACUGUGACAAAUCCCACCCACCUUAUGGCCACCCUCCUUCACGUAAGAGCCCUUAUCCUCGUUCACCACCUCAUCAUGGUGGUAAACCGCCUCAUUAUGGUGGUAAACCACCACGUCAUGGAGGAGGUGGAGGACAUGGAAGUAGGGGCCCACCACAUCACGGCGGUGCGCCACCUAUGGCUCCUCCCAUAAUCAUGCCACCCAUUAUUGUUCCAGCUCCUCCAGUAAUAACACCACCUCCAGUAAUAAUCACACCUCCUUCUGUCCCUUGUCCUCCAGGUGUGCCUGGCACUCCAGGAACUCCUGGUAGUCCAGGCACACCUGGCACACCAGGAACACCUGGUACUCCUGGGGCUCCUGGAACCCCAGCAGCACCGGGUAAAGGUGGAGGCGGUGGUGGUCGUGGAGGCGGUGGUUAUGCUCCUCCUGGAAAAGGCGGAGGCGGAGGCGGAUUAACCCCACCUGGAAGAGGUGGUGGUGGUGGUGGUAGGUCUCCUCCGGGAGGCGGGGGUAGGGGAGGUUAUGCUCCUCCGGGAGGAGGAGGAGGUGGUCCACCAGGUGGUGGUGGCGGCGGCGGUGGCGGUCCAGGAGUGACUCCAUCACCUACUACUCCACAAACAUGUCCGAUUGAUGCACUAAAACUAGGGCUUUGCUUAGAUGUUCUAGGAGGAUUAGUGCAUAUUGGGCUAGGAGACCCAGUGAAGAAUGUAUGUUGUCCGGUACUUCAAGGUUUGUUAGAGCUUGAGGCAGCUUUAUGUCUUUGCACAGCAAUAAGACUAAAGCUUCUGAACUUGAACAUAUACAUUCCCUUGGCUCUUACCGUCCUUGCAACUUGUGGAUUGACGACUCCACCUGAUUUCAUUUGUCCGCCUAUCUCCUAAAACUUAGUUUACCUCCAUUAUUCUUAGGUUAUUUUGUAUUUUCCGUCUUGUGUUAUCUCCUAACAAGGAGAUUAAGUAAGGUACUUGUAAGGAUUUAAGCUGUGUUAUGUGUGAUCUUCUUAUAGUUGCUAUCUAGCUAGUAGCAACUUGCUACUUCUGCUUAGUUGAUUGCUGGGCUUUGUUGUGAACAUCGAUUAUGAACAUUAUCUCGAGAAUAAAUCUUUUUUCCAA